CUCACCCACCCUCUUAUGCUGCCUCCGCCGGCCGUCGCCCCACCCCAUCCCUCUUCCCAUCUCAUACUCUCCUACCACCACCCUCCCGCCACCCCACCUAAUCCCUCCUCCCCUCCCCCGCCGCCCCACCCCAACCCUUCUCCAUUCCACCCUCCCAACCCUCCUCUAUUCCCACAGCCUCUCUCUCUCACUCAGCGACCAAGAAAGAUUGAGAAAAAUAAGGAAAGGGGAUCUGGCUGGAGAUUAUGGAAGUGGGAGAAAGAGAGAAAAUUGUAAUUAAUAGAUUCUUGUAACUACCUAAAAUGUAAUUUAUUAAAAAAAAUAAUUAAUACAAGUUAUUUUUCAUACCCAAUUUACCCUUAGUAACCACGAUGAUUACUACUUUUGUAGUAAUCACCGUAACCUGUCCCGCUCUAACAUACUAUAGUUUUUACUAUUUUACUUCAAUGUAAAUAACUAAACUAUCACCAAGAAAAUCAACGUUCAUUUUAAAU